AUGGGCACUAGUACAACGGCUAGUAGGACAAUAGAGGUGGUGAGGCGAGUUUUUAGUUUUCAUGGCAUUCCAGGACGAUUGGUGACAGAUAAUGGUCCACAAUUCAGGUCAGUAGAAUUUCAGGAUUUCAUGAUAGGAAAUGGUGUCAAAGACCAACUCACCCCUCCGUAUCACCCAUCGAGCAAUGGACAAGCAGAACGAGCAGUUCAAAUCUUCAAGAGAUCUAUGGAGGCACGACCUAGAGGACGCACUAUUCGACAUCAAAUAUCUAUAUUACUGCUGCAGUAUAGGUCGACUCCAAAUACCUCAACGAGAAAAACGCCAUCCGAAUUGCUAAUGAAGAGAGUCUUACGAACAAGACUAAGUCUUGUUAAACCUACAGUUGGAGGAGAGAUUCGAGACAGACAGGAGAGCCAAACAGAAGCUGCAUCCAGAAAUCGUGAGAUGUUACCUGAAGAAUCAGUAGCAGUAUGGAACCCAAGACAAGAUAGUCGGGGACGGUGGCUCUCUGGAACAGUAGUCCAGAAACUGGGACCGAGUAACUAUUUUGUAAAUGUGAAUGGUCAGGCUAGGUAUGUUCAUGUAGACCAUAUAUUACAUCGUGAUAUCAGAAGUUUUCCACAGGAUGUACAUCAGGAGCAAACUUCCAAUACUCAUGAUAGUACGGCGACUAUGAUUCCAUCACAAGCUGGAAAUUAUUCCGAAGUGAAUGCUGAGAAGACAAUCUCAUCAACGGACUCUACCGGGGAAAACUCAGUACCAACUACUCCUAGCCACCCUGAGUUAACAGAGACACAGUCUGAAGAGACUGAUAACAUGCCAACAAAGAAACCAAUUGAGAAGUCAACAGAGAGAGAAAAUCGACGAUAUCCCACAAGGAACAAUAGAAGACCCCAGGAGAUAUCGAGAGAUUUAGUGGAAGGGAGUGUAGUAGAGUAA